UCAAUGCCACUGUAACUUCUGUCUCCCAAAUGUUUCACUCUUUCAGCUGAAAAGAAAUGCCAGAGCACCAAGGCUCUGAAUUCUUGCACAUUGCACUUCUCUACUGACGUCUUUCUGUCCCUAAGUCACACUGACAGGUACCAGACAAAAGUCCAAAAUGGUCUCCUUGGAGUUGUCCAUGAUAGUUUUCACUUUUCACAGUUCUAAGUAGCCUUCUGCUGCCAGUCAGUCAUCCUCUUUUGGAUGAUGCCUGGCUGUAGGCUACAAGCACAGUACAAAUGGCAAGUACAAGGAUUUUCCCAAAUAUGGAUAUUAACGAAGUAAUUUUUUUUCAGUCUUUUUCUGUGACCACUAACCCUUGUUCGAAGGUAGGUGAAAACAAUCUGAAUGCUAAGCAAAGGAGAGAUAUCUGUAUCCAGAACAUUUUAAUAGGAAGGGAUUUUAAUAACAAAAUUGCAUGCCUAGCCACCUGGCCUUCUGUGUCUGUGUCUGUGUGUUUUCUUUUGGAAGCAGUGUGGCAUAGAUGACACUUGCCAUUAAUCUCUUCCUACAGAAAAAUAUGCAAGCCCAGCUCAUUUCCAGUGCAUGAUAAUCAUUAAGACUCCCAUGAGUGAACCUCUGAUACUUUUUUAGCCAAUGAUUAACCUUAAGCCCUCCUUCCCCCUUAUGCAUUUGGAUUAAAAGGGAAUAUGGAGAGAGAAAGGGGUAGGCAUGAGUGGUGCAUUCUCUAACUCUAUGGACUAAAGAGUGGAGUCAUCUGACAAAUAGUUCAGGAGCAGCACACCAGGCAGUGAGGAGAUUGAUUUUAUUAGAGGUUAGAAAAGAAAGAGAGGUUCUGUCGUGUGACCAGGCUGAAUUCAGGAUGUUUAUAAGCUUCAUCAAGCUGCUUUUACUGGUGCCAGCAAUGUUUGUAUGGUGCAGACGGCAGCUAUUGACUUUUCCAUUUAUUCAGCUCUAUACUCUUCUGUGUUCUGGGGAGCCUGCUGUAAUUAGAGUUUGUAGUGUUUUCUUGUACAGGAGUCUAGUGUUUAGAGUAAGGCUUUACUUGUCAAGACUUUAGGAGUCUAUCCGUGACUCCAUAUUCAUAUGAUCCAGGGUAAGGCAUAUAACCACAGUUUUGAUUCAGGUUCCGAGCCUGGAAACCAAUACUAACCUCAGAGAGCUUCAUUCACUUGAUUAAGAUCUUUUGAUAAAUGUUGUUUUAAUAGGAGAAAAACACUAUAAUUCACAUUUUCAUUGAGCCAUAAAUGCCCGCCCUUUAAUCUAGAUAGAGAACAGAUGUGAAGGGAUAAAAUUUCUCUGUCAGUCUCAUUUCGUAUAGCCCUGAUACCUGUAUGUUCUAUUAAAAAAUUCUCCAGGGCAGUAGCUGGGAACAUGGGUAUGUGAUUUCUGGGUGUUCUGCAUAGCACACAUCUUGGGACGGUAACCUGUUAAGUACUGAGCAGGGACUGGCAACAGCAGAGCAGCAGCAUGCCCCUCUUCGCCAUACACAACCAGCAGAUCAGCUGGACUCCGCUGCUGGUACUGGGGUAUCUCUUUUACCUCCUCCUGGGCGCUAUGGUGUUCCAGCUGCUGGAGAAGCAGGCAGAGACCCACUUUCGGGACCAGUUCCAGCUGGAGAAGCUCAGCUUCCUGCAGAACUACACAUGCUUGGACAGGCAAGCCCUGGAGAAGUUUGUACAGGUCCUCAUGGAAGCAUGGGAAAAAGGGGUCAACCCAGAAGGAAACUCCACAAAUCCCAGCAACUGGGACUUCAGCAACUCCUUCUUUUUUGCAGGAACUGUUGUCACCACUAUAGGUUAUGGUAACCUGUCCCCCAGCACAGUGCCAGGGCAGAUCUUCUGUGUGUUUUAUGCCUUAUUUGGAGUGCCCCUCAACCUGGCCUUCCUUAAUCAGCUGGGGAAAGGUCUCAAUGCUCAUCUGCUUACCCUGGAAAGAUGGGUGCAAAAACCAGGCCGUGCCCAGGUGGUUCAAACACUGGCAGUGGCCAUCUUCCUGUCCACUGGGACCUUGCUUUUUCUAGUGUUCCCGCCAUUAGUCUUCAGUUAUGUAGAAGGCUGGAGCUAUGGAGAAGGCUUUUACUUCACUUUCAUCACCCUGAGCACCAUUGGAUUUGGGGACUAUGUAGUAGGCACAAACCCCAACAAGCACUAUAUCCCUGUGUACAGGAGCCUAACUGCAAUUUGGAUUGUUUUUGGCUUGGCCUGGCUGGCUCUGGUCUUCAACGUGGGAGCUGACUUGAUGGAAAAAUUCCUUCAGCUAAAGUGGCACAAGUCUGACUUAAGCUUGGCAGAAGGAGCCACCACCAAAUUGGAAGAUGAACCUGAGCAGCCUAGAAUUCAUAUUCCUAGCUGAGCAAGUGGGAUUCAGUUCUUGCGGUCACUCAUUUUCAAAAAAAUUCAGAGUGACUGCCUCCCAGUUUCAAUAAGAAGUCAUGUCAUCAAGAAUCUCAAGUG